AUGGCUGCUGAUUUUAAAUUGGAUCCACUUUCUAAAAAUGUUUGGGCUAUUACGGAACUCGAUGAUCGAAAUUUAUUUCCGAUAAAUUAUCUCAUCGUUGGCACUGAGAAAGCACUAUUAAUUGAUACUGGAAUUGGCUUCAGUAACAUCUAUCUUUAUGCAAAACGCUUGGGAAUGGUUGGCCAACGACCAAUCAUUGUCGUCAAUACCCAUAAUCAUCCUGAACAAACUGGAGGGAAUUGGAGAUUUUCUACAACGGGAAAGUAUGGUUUAGCGCAAAGAGUUGAGGCUUUAGCCGCAUCGGCAAGGAACAAGAAUUACACGAGAUUGUUGGAUUCCACUCAUCAAUGGGAGACAAAAACAUACAAAGUGACACGAUGGCUUGCUGAUGAAGAGGAGAUUCUUUUGGGUGAUGAGCGCUUGCCAGAGAAUCGGGUUCAAGUUUUCUGGACCCCUGGUCACACUCCGGAUAGUAUUACUCUUUGGUAUGAUCAUGGUGGGAGACUUUUCCUUGGAGAUCUCUUUCAAAGAUUUGAGGAUAUCAAAUUCGUAUACGAACACUGCAAUGUGAAACAAGUGGAAUCAUCGCUGAGAAAAGUUCUUCAACUUAUUAAAAGUCAACGACCGAGAGAGCUCAGAUACAGCUCUUGUCGCUCAGAAUCCGACGGAGCUUGCUGGCCAACAUUCAAACAAUUUCACCGAUUUUUCUUGUCGAUUUUAGCCGGCACACAUCCGGGAACAGCUUUGAGAAUUGAUGAUGAAGAAGGAUGGCGCUUUGAGUCCAGAGACAAAUCAAUGAAAGUCGUUUUGUCGAGAGAGAUUUUUCAGAAGCUUGUCGACGCUCGCACUCAACUCCAAAAAGCUGAACAAAAAAACAAUGAGCAUUCACUU